AUGGUUCCUGUUCCGUCAUCGGUAAUGCGUGCUAUUCCACAUGAAACGCUCACGAAACUGUCAAUUCAACGUCCCACUCGCGUUUCUCUCUCACAUAUAUAUACCGUCGGUCGCCAUGUACUAGACUCCUCUUCUCAAAAAAAAUAUAUUAUACCCGCUCAGUUUCUCCACGCUGAGUUACCCAUACGUCUUUCUCAAACACUCAAAAUACUUCAUUCGCCUUUGGUGCCUCAAGAAUUCAGCAUUCUACCUACUUUUAAGAAAUUCACUCGACAAUAUUAUGAUUAUAUUAGCAUCCUUAUGGGCAUACCCAAGCCAGAAAACGAAACAAGAGAAGAGGAAUAUACUAAAAUUUUGAGACUGCUGAAAAAAGAACACAGGACUAACUUGGUAACGUUGAGACAAGCGUUCAGAGAAAUAAGAGAUUUGAAUGGGAUAGAAAAGAUCAAGCACUUGGAUACAGAAGAGAUAAGAGAACUUUGGGAUAGAUUUUAUGCCAUUACUUUGGGAACCCGGUUACUUAUAGCCCAACACUUAGCCUUACAUGACGAAAAGAAAAAUCUAGUCACGAGGAUUUCACCAAAGGAUGUGGCUGAGCGAGCGAUUAGAGACACAAGAAACUAUUGUGAGAAAUUGUACAACCAUCCAGUGCCUGAAAUUCAAUUAUUUACAACAGAUCCUACUGCUACAACAAUUCAUAUCGAAGAGCAUCUUCACAGUAUUCUAUGCGAACUGCUCAGGAACUCUAUUAGUACUACGAUACGACACCAUUCUCCUGAAUUCUCACAUUAUGACCCAUUAUCUUCUAUACAUUCUCAAUCUCGCGGGUCACUCUUUUCUUCCUUACUCGCUUCAUCUUCUCCAACCCAAUCAUCAAAGCCAAACCCUAGUCUUCCGCCAAUAUCCAUAUUGAUAGCCCAGGGAGCACAGGAUAUAACAAUAAAAAUAUCGGAUCACGGAGGUGGCAUGCCAAUGUCCGUUGUGGAUGAUGCUUGGAGUUACUUCGUGUAUGAUGAUGAAAGCCAGUCGGAGGCAGAUGUAGAGCGUUCAGAGAGACCGUUUGAUUGCGGUGUUGGCGCUAGUUUACCGUUUGCUAGGGUUACUGCACGAUAUUUUGGUGGUGAUCUUUCGUUUGUGUCAAUGGAGGGUCACGGAACAGACACGUUCCUCUCCUUAUAUCGUGAUGAUACUUGCUUGGAAGCGUUUCCCGAAUCGCAUGCCUCUUUGGACGAUUCGUUAUUGCUUCUGGAAGCUGCAUAG